AUGUCCGGUGAUGAACGUUAUGAUGCUGCGUUGAUUGGCAUUUUACAAAAUGAAGGGAAUGUGGUGAAUUUUCUUGAUGUCUUCUACUCAUUUUUGUUCAGAAAGACGGAUUUCUUCCGGAUUAUGCUCAGCCCCACUGACAAGUAUGGAUUCCAGGCUGGCGUAGCCAGAAAGUUGAUUUUGGCUGGUUUUAAGAAAUAUGAAUCAAUGGCAUCUGAAUUGAAUGCAAGGUUGAAGGCUCAGUACGAAAAAUCACUUGCGGAAGAAUCUGCCAAUAUGAUUGCUGAGAAUGUUGCUGAUGAGGUUGAAGUUGUUACUAGUGAAGAAACGACACCUCAACAACAAGUAAACCAAUCGGAAAACAUCAAAGAAUUGCCAAAAAUCGCAGAUCCACAACCUCUUGGACAAGAACAGUCAUCAUCUUCAGCGAUGGAAGUAUCGGCUGAAAAAGAGGUAUUGCCCUCAAAUACUCGAGAUAUCGCAGAGGUUUCCAGUCAAAGCAUAAUGGCUGUUGCCUCUACAGUUACUUCUACCACAACUGCUGCUACUAGUCAAGAAAGCAACCACGCAGACCAAGUGACCAGUGGUGAGAAUCUUGCCUCAUCAGAAAUGAGUGAUACUAAGAACAAUCCUGAUAAUGAUCCUGAGCUAGAAAAGCUGCAGAAGAUAUACCAGGCGAAUUCUGAAUCAUACAAUGGCGCCAUCAGAGAGAACUACACGUGGUCACAAAGCAUCCUCGACCUUGACAUCAGGGUCAAAGUUCCGGCACACAUCAAAAAGGGCAGAGAUGUAAAAGUAGACAUUGGGAGGAAGCACAUGAAAGUGAGCUAUGUCGAUCAACAGCUGCCUAAGUCCAGUCAGUUGGUUGCCUUAGUUGAUGGAGAGUUGAGCUGGGAUGUGCACAAGGAUGAAGCUUUCUGGAGUUUGGUUCCUGGUGAACACAUUCAUAUAAGCUUAGAAAAAGUUCGAGAUCGCUGGUGGGACUCACUUCUGACAACAGAGCCUAAAAUUAGUGUACGCAAGAUCGACGCACAGCGACCAAUCACAGAACUCGAUGAUGAGUCGCAAGCAAAAAUUGAGGAGAUGAUGUAUAACGAAAGGCAGAAACAACUUGGGCUGCCCCAAUCUCAUGAAAAGAACAUGCACGAGAUGUUGAAGAAAGCUUGGGAUGUGGAAGGGUCACCAUUCAGAGGGCAGCCAUUUGACCUUUCAAAAGUCAACAUCUCCCAAGGAGGCUCAUUUGGUACCGGUAGCAUGUAA